ACUAGUUCCGGGAUUCCGAUGUCGGCCUAGCGAGCGAGCUAAGUGGUUUGCUAGCGGCUAAUUCAAGGAGGACCGUAACGACCCACACCCCUAAAGACAAGACAGCUCGUAUGUUCGAUAUAAGGGGCAUCCUCGGUUACCCAGAGAACCAGAGGUUGACAGAGGACCAAUUGAACAAAGGAUUAAAAUGCAUCAGACUUCAUAACAACACUGCUGCACAUGGCUUCUUUAAAGAGAUGCAAAAUGGAAAAUGAGGUCUAUCUGCAGAGAAUUUGGAGGUGGGAGAGGUCGCUUCACCAAGACCUGGCCUUCUGUGGCGACAGCUCGGCAACAUGCACAGGGCCUCUGUUUGGAAUGAGUUGAUUCUUUCCUCAUAAAGACUGAGGGCAGGGGUUUUAAAAGCCCAGAGGACUGUGUUUUGCUAUUUGAGCAACUUGUAAAAGCAAGGCUAAACAUCAUUUUAAAACAUUCUUUUAGCAGAUUUUUUUUUUUUUAAACUCCAGCUGGACUCUAUUGUUUGAUGUUAGCAGCUUCAUGCAACUGAUUCAGAAGUGACAUUUGUUGGUUAAGUUCUUUUUAACUGCUGACUUGGUUUAAAACGCUGAAACUGUCCCUCCUGCCACCAUCCUCAGUUUCUUCCACCCACCCAGUGCCUAAAUAAGCCCUCUCGGGACAAUUACAGAAGUCAUCAGCAGCUGCUGUGCUCAAUCCUCUGCCUGUUCUCCUCUAUGUGCUUCUGCUCUGGGCCUACUGGCUUUCCACCCACUACCUCUUUAAUUUUCUUGUCUUUUUUAAAAAUAUUACAUUUCUCUGAGGGAUAAAGUCAGAAGUCAAGCACAGCGACAAGCAUUAGUGUAAACACUUGAGUUUGAGAAGUGGAGACUAACCUAAACUGCUCCAGUUCUAGCUGUGUGUACUUGUGUCUAUGCUUUAAUGUGCAUGCACAGCUGUGUAAAGGUUAAACUGGUGCCAGGAAGCAACUUAAGUUUAGAUUUAUUUAUAUUCUUGCACCAAAAACAGUUACAAUAAGCCAUACAAAAAUAUUUAUGAAUUACCAACACAUAUUUUUGUAUCACAUAGCUUAAGAAUAGUUUUGCUUUUAUAAACCUCUAAUAAGAAUAUGCAUAUAAAGUGAGUAUUUAAAACAAAUUGUACACAUGCAAGAAGAGCUGUUCAUUGCUAAAUCAGUAAAUAAUCCUCUGUUUUGAGUGAUUGUACUAGUGCUGUGAUACAUUUAGUGACUGGACCUAGUUAAUUACUCAUGUUUCUGCUGAGUUUCUGCUUUGCAUAGUGUUGGUUUUCUUCUCCAGUCUGCAGUCAUGGCCCCUCGUAGAAAACAACCUACUCGCCAUUUUAACCUGUAGAGCACCCAUAAUAAUAGGUACAGUAGAUAUCUACCUAUCUCUGUGUCGUCUUUCCCUCUCUCUCUGUGUCCGAUGCCGGGCUUCAGUGGUGGGGGGGUUGGGGGAGGAGUGGGUGGCCCUGCUUCUGCUCCUCCCCGCGCAUUUCGACCUAGCCGAUAUGUCCCUGUGUCUGCAGCCACCACGUUCCUUGUUGGAUCAACCACCCUUUUUUUCUGCUUCACGUGCCCAUGGUUGUCAGAGUAUUUCUCCUCUGUCAUUCCCAUAUACAUUGCUGUGAUCUUUCUCUUAACCCUUGCCAAUUUCUGCAUGGCCACCUUCAUGGACCCUGGAGUCUUCCCCAGAGCGGAGGAGGAUGAGGAUAAAGAGGAUGAUUUCCGCGCUCCUCUUUAUAAGACGGUGGAGAUCAAAGGCAUCCAGGUGCGCAUGAAGUGGUGCUCGACCUGCCGCUUCUACCGCCCACCGCGCUGCUCACACUGCUCUGUCUGUGACAACUGUGUGGAGGAUUUUGACCAUCACUGCCCAUGGGUGAACAACUGCAUUGGCCGGAGGAAUUAUCGUUAUUUCUUCCUCUUCCUGAUUUCUCUCACCACCCAUAUCAUAAACAUAUUUGGCUUUGGUCUUGUUUAUGUCCUGCACCACCGCCAGCAGUUGGACACACCACACGCAGCUGUAACUAUGGCUGUUAUGUGUGUGGCUGGUCUGUUUUUUGUCCCAGUCGCUGGCCUGACUGGGUUCCACAUGGUGUUGGUGGCACGCGGUAGGACCACAAAUGAACAGGUGACAGGGAAGUUUCGGGGAGGCGUGAACCCUUUCACCAAUGGCUGCAUGAGAAACAUUUCCCAUGUGCUAUGCAGCUCCCAGGCCCCCAGAUACAUGGGUCGUUUGCAGAGCACCCAGUCAGUGGAGGUACAGCCCCCAUUUGUUAGACCGCCUCUCACUGAGGCGCAGCUUGAGGCCAAGGUCCUGGACAACGGCAUCCAGAAUGACAGACACAGUACCAGGUCCAAGAUCAGCCUAGAUCAGAUGGAGAGUCAGUCAGCUGAUGCAGAGCCUCCACCUCCUCCAAAGCCGGAGCUACGGUACCCUGGCCUGCCCCGUGCUGACACAGAGGAGAGCAGCUUGCUGACUGAAGCUCCGCUUACGCCGUCAAUGUUCAAAUACCGACCACCUUACAACAGCCCAGGAAGGAACCACUCUGCCAUUACACACCCGAACAAGAUGAUCCGUGGGGAAAGUCUCGACUCUCCAUCAACCUCCAUUCUCCAGUCCAGCCGUCAGCCAAGCUACCGCUCGGAGCCAAGCAGCCUGGAUGGGGCCACAGUAGUGGGGGGAGGUGUAGGGGUCCGCAGAGGGGGAGGGGAGAGAGGUGAGGGCCCCGGGGGCCCUGGCGGAACUGCUGGAGGGAUGUCAGGGGGCAUGUCUGGUCACUCUCUGACUGGACGCUCCUACACCUCCUACCCAUCCUCUUUAGUUCUGUCCACUGGCGGCUCCCACUCCUCCAGUCUGCGCUCAGCGCACACAGCACAUAACCCUCUGGCCACGCUCCAAUCAGAGGGCACCACAGACACCAGCUAUAAAAGUCUAGCUAAUCAGACGCCUCGGAACGGCAGCUUGUCCUAUGACAGCCUGCUGACACCUUCCGAGAGUCCAGAGUUUGAGUCGGCCGCUCAUGAACUGUCACCACAGAAGCCUCGAGCUCUGUUUUCCUCAAAGACUAUAAUGAGCCAGCCUGAGGUGAUGUCACCCAGUAGCCCGCUGCAGGGCUACACGUCGCCCUUCCUCUCAGCUCAGAUUGCCCAGCAGAGGGAGGGGCAGCUUCUCCAGGGCUCUGCCACUUUCUCCUCCCCUCACAGGGCCUACCUGCGUGCUGUGAGCCCGCCCCCUCCCUCCUCCUCAGGGCCUCCUGAGAGUCAGCACCUGCUCCAUCAUAACCACGACCCUUCUUCCCGAGCCCCUCGAAACCCUUCCUCCUCAUCCUCUUCCCCUGGGGCUCGCUCACUAGAGCCUCCUGUUUCCCCACCACCCCGCGGGCUCUCCCUUGGCAAAUCCUAUUCUUACACUGGUGAGGCGGGGCCUCAGUACAAGCCUCAGCCCACAAGAGGAGGCACUGUGCUGGGCGGGGGAGGAGUCGGGGGAGGGCAACAGGCUCCACAAUCCAUCUCUCGCCCAGUCUUGGCCAACCACACCACAGCCAAACCAGGGGGUGGGGUGAAGAAGGUGACCGGUGUCGGAGGGACCACUUACGAGAUAUCAGUUUGAGUGACAGACAUCCUUCAUGGACCAUCACCAGGAGGAGGAGAAAAGGUCUCUGGACUACUUCCACUACCCUGAGCUGGAUAUUAUUCACGACUGCAGGACCCUGAGGAAUUACUCUUUUUUUCAACGGCAUUGUAUGACAGGAGCAGGCGCGUGUGGUACUCACUGCAUCUCUUUAAGGCUACUGGCCGGUCUUCUCUGUUAGCUUUUCAGAUCUGAACAAAGAGUAAAAGGGGACUAAGAUACAUUUUUCUCCAUCUAGCCACUUUGUGAGCCAUAGACUGAUGUGACUGUAUCAUUACUGGGUACAGAUAUGUCAAUAGAACAUGCAUAGCUAUCUAAUGAUUUUCUGUUUUACUUUGGUACUUAGCACACAGAGUGCUGACUGCUGUGUUUGACACACUUAAGGAAAAGAUGGCCUUUAUCCAGUGGAUGUAGAGAUUUAGAGGGUGGAUUCAGGACUGUUGACCAAUAGAAACGUCUUCUUCUUCACUGUCUGAACGGACCACAUGACCUGUUAAUCGAUAUGAAUCAUGGAAAGCAGAGUCCGACCUAUAAACACAGUAUCAUUUUAGUUUUAUAAAUCUUUUUUUAAAUAUUGUUUUAUAUAAAUGUAUGAAAUCUUACAGAUUAUUAUCGGGGGAAAUUGUCAGGUAUUGAAAAUGACUAUUGAUGAGGUUGGCAGUUUUACUGUGUGUAAUUAUUCAUGAAAGCGAUUUCAAAUCAGUUGCCUGUUUAUAUUAAAUGGCUGCAUCAGCCACUUGUGAGCCCUUGUUGGAGUUGACAUCGUCCAAAGAGAAAGAUGAUCCUUCAGUGGACAACUUAAGUGGCAAAUAAUUGAGGUUAACUUUUGAAAGCCACAAAGAAAUUUCUGAAUGGAGAUUUCAGCACAAACAUUUUUGUGGAAUGUACACUUGUAAUGUUUAAACUAGAGACAUUAUGCAAAAUCUAUUUGUAGCUUUAAGAUCAUUAUUUGUCUUGUUGGUGUCUUUUAUUUUUUCCUUUUUAUUCUGUAAUGUUUGUCAGUCAGUCAGUCAGUCAGUCAAGAUGCUAGCAGAACCUCCUACAUUCAAACAGAUAGCCAGCCAAAUAGAGGCAGCGAGGGAAGGGCUUAUUUAUUUCACAAAACCAGACAACUUUGUAGUUAUCAACACAACGUCAAACCAGUCUACCAGUUUUUAUUUAGUUUUUUAUGACUAAAUAGGGACAUAUUCAAAAAAAAAUUAAAUGCUGUAAAAAUAAAUUGUAAAUGUGAUAAGCCACUAACUAUCUUGUCAAACAGAGACUGGUUUGCAAGGGAUAUUUUUUUGUCUGCCUCGAGCCAUUUUUCUUUUAAUUUUUUUUUUUUCUGAGGACAAAUUUAUAGGCAGAUAAAGUUGUAUUGAUCAUCUUGCUCAUUUAUAGAUACUCCCGUAAAAGGUACAAAAACAGCCACUUUGAGAAAGUAAUAAUUAGAGGAAGGGAGGGGUGUAUGCAAGUUUGUGUCUUUCAGGAUCGGGCAUUACAGUUGAGGUUUAUUUAUUUUAUUAUUAACUAUAAAAGCAGUGUUUGCAGUAGAAUGUUAAAUCUGGCUAAAUGUGGCACAUCUUUGGGUGGAAGAAUACACUUGAAGCACACAAGUAUCAUUGUUUCAACCCAAAUGACUGUGUUAUGAGUUUUCAACCUUCCCAGGCUUUGUCUUAGGUGUGCAUGCAGUUUUGUCAAAUGUCUACCCAGUUUAUGUGUGGGUGGCUAAAAGAAAAGAAUCAUCAUGAAUGGCACAAGCAGUCGUUGUAAGGAGAUAAAGAGAACCUGUGUUACUUUUUCCUGCUCCGGCCGAUGAUGUUGGCCACUGAACAAUCUGAUCCUUUGAGUAUAGUAGGUAUACUUCUGUGUGAGAUAAAAUAUCACUAUUGUGGGCUGUGAUGAAUGGAACGAGUUUCACAAAUAUCUGUAAUGAGUACAUGAAAGACAUUUCCAAAAUGGCCUUAUAAAGAAUUUUUAAAAGAUGUCUUCUCAGAAUAAAAAGGUCAAACUGA